UUAUGUUUCGCAGUAGGUCGCAUUAGUCACUAGAGGUUAACUGAACAAUGUUUUUACUGAAUAUUAUUGCACAUAUGAAAUUAUAAGUGAGUUCUAGAGAACAAAGUUCGAAAUAGGUACGUCUUAUGUGGUCAUCCAUGGUUGGGACAUUUGGUUUGUAAAAUUGAAAAAAUAUCAGCAACAACUUUAUGACAUAAAGUGAAGAGUUAAAUACUUCAAAAUUAGUAACAAUGAGGAUGAUAAUGAUAAUAUUAAUUGUAAUUCAUUUUAACAACUUGCUUGCUGGUCCAAGAAACACAAUUGCUACCAGCCAUAUUGUUAAAGUACAUGAUUGGAAUUGGGAUGAUAUUGCGGUCGAAUGUGAAACUUUUUUAGGGCCAAAUGGGCAACGGGGGAUAGAGAUAUUACUUCCAAACGUAAAAGUUGAGAGAAAGCUAUUCGAACCAAUCAAUUAUAAUGCGUACACAAUCUUGGAAAAAGAAUUCUUAUUGAUCGAUAUGAUCAAACGGUGCAAUGCUGCUGGGGUGAGGGUAUAUGUAGCUGGAAUAUUUAACCAUUUAGCUGCUAUUACGGACAGCAUCAGAACCCGAAGGAAAUAUAAUUUAAUUUUUCCAGAAAAAUUGUUAAAUAUUUAUGCGAAAUGUGCUGCUCACAACUACAAUGGAAACUGUCAAAUCUGUGACCUUGAAGACAUGAUUAAGAGUCCUGAAAAUAUUGUACAAGGGAUUGUUAACUAUAUGAAUCACUUGGUAAAUAUUGGAGUUGCAGGAUUUAACGUAGAUAUUUCGAAACAGACGGUGCCCAUCAAUUGGAAAGACAUUCAUGGGAGGAUUGACAAUCUGAAUACCAACCACGGUUUUCAUGUCGACACACGACCACUGUUCUACCAAGAAUCUAUAGAUACAGAAACUUUGACUCAUAAGAAUAAUCAUUUCCUGUCAGGCAGAAACACUAUAGUACAUCUGUUCGAAUGGAAAUGGAAUGAUAUAGCCGAGGAAUGUGAACACUUUUUAGGAUCUAAAGGAUACGCUGGGGUACAGAUUUCUCCUCCUAAUGAGAAUCAAGUUAUUACUUCGACGGCUUUUAGACCAUGGUGGGAGAGGUACCAGCCCGUCAGCUACAAGCUUACUACCAGAUCGGGCGAUGAAUCUUCCCUUGCAGACAUGAUACGCACAUGUAAUGCAGUAGGAGUAAGAGUAUAUGCCGAUGUAGUGUUCAACCACAUGGCUGCUGUUGGUGGGACGGGAACCGACGGUACCUUCUGCGAUCCUAGUAUAAAAUGUUACCCUGGCGUACCAUACACCAUUGACAACUUCCACGAGACUUGCGCCGUUAACAACUACAACGAUGCCACAAAUGUUAGAAAUUGCGAAGUUGUCCAUCUAAGGGAUUUGGAUCAAAGUCAGGAAUACGUUCGACAGGAAAUAGUUCAAUACCUAAAUCACCUAGUAAGUCUGGGUGUUGCUGGUUUUAGGAUAGAUGCCGCCAAACACAUGUGGCCCUCAGAUCUGAAGAUAAUAUUCCACAGAGUUAAUGAUUUAUCCACGGAACAUGGUUUUCCAAAAGGAAGCAGACCGUUCUUUUACCAAGAAGUCAUAGACCUAGGUGGGGAGGCUGUUAGUAAACGAGAAUACGUUGGAUUCGGAGCAGUUUUGGAAUUCAAAUUCGGCGCCGAGCUAGGAAAUGCUUUCCAAGGCAACAACCCUUUGAAAUACCUCAAAAACUGGGGGCCAGAAUGGGGUCUAUUGGAAGGGAAAGACGCCGUCGCCUUCAUAGACAACCACGACAACCAAAGAGGUACGUCCGAAGCUAUCCUCACUUACAGGAAACCGAAAGAGUAUAAAAUGGCUAUCGCCUUCAUGCUGGCCCACCCAUAUGGCACUACGAGGAUAAUGUCCAGCUUCUUCUUCGAUACUUUCAAUCAGGGUCCACCAAAUCGCAAUGGAGAAAUUAUUGGACCUGGUACCAACGACGACGGUUCCUGUUCUAACGGGUGGGUAUGUGAACACAGAUGGCGGCAGAUAUAUAACAUGGUAGAGUUUAGAAACGCAGUGGAAGGAACCGUCAUUACAAAUUGGUGGGACAAUGAUCACAACCAAAUCGCUUUCGGUCGUGGUGAAAAAGGGUUCGUUGCGUUCACAUUGAACGGCGACAUAGUUCGAAGUCUUAAAACCUCUCUUCCAACCGGUAUAUACUGUGAUAUCAUUUCUGGUAGUUUAAAGAAUGGAACUUGCACGGGAAAAUUUGUAGAGGUUGACGGAAAUGGAUACGUCACAAUUUCGCUAUGUGAAAAUGAGGAAGAUGGUGUUGUAGCUAUACACGUUAAUGCAAAAUUAUAAAAUACAUGAAACAUGUAACCUAUAACACUUGACUAUUUUGAACUUAGGAGAUU